GUUAAAAUUUAGUGUGGAAAACUUUGUGGCAACUUACAAGCACAUUUUAUUGGACAUAAUGAUUUAAAACGAGUGUUGCACUUUUGAUGAAUUUCAGCAAAAUAAUGAAAACCGGAUAACGUAUUGAAAUGUGAAAAUAAGUGACGUCAGAUGGGAUAUAUUUCCAUAUCACGAGCUCUGUCUGUUCGACUGCUAUUUGCGUCACACGGCGUUAUUUCAAUAUGGCGGCUUGCUGACGUCACAAAGGAACGCCGAUAUUGGUACUUGUCUUCCACGCUUGUGUUACUAUUUUUGGAAACAAUGGUGAUUGUUGUGAAAAGACAAGGAAAGGAAUGGAAAAGAUUUUGCCCGAGUGUGUUCAUCUACUUGCUGACGUCAGUUCCCGCCAUUUGGUUCCUUGAGCUACACGAGUUCGACAAGCGCGCGCGCCGCCUUACACGUGCUGUACGAGUAGCCCGGAUGAACAAUGACACCAUUGGCCCGGAUACCCCUCCAGAUGGGUUAGAGGACCUGAGUGCAUCACUCGGAUCUGUACUAGGCAUUCGAUUUGAGGUGAGGAUCCCCAUCAUGUUGACGUCAGACCAGUGGAUUCGAAUGCUUGAACAGAUGCUUCUUCUUGUUCUGAUCCUGGGUCGCUGGCUCUUACCAAAAGGCAAACUGACGCAUGACCAGCUGUCACAGUUGCUGUUGGUGUACAUUGGCACUGCAGCUGACAUUGUGGAGUUCUUUGAAGCAUUUAAUGAACAAGAGGUACAGUACCACAAGGUGUUGUGCCUUGUUAUCCUUGGCAUCUGGUCGUUGAGCCUAGUACAGUUCUCGUUAGUUCUCACCGCGUCUCGUAGGAGGCGAGAGUCCCUGAGAUAUCAUCUCGUGAGACCAAUUAAAGGUGUCAACACUGGGGUUGGCCACACAGACGUUUUUGGGAUAAUCGUUUCAAUAUUGCUGCAAGAUUUACCAUUUCUCGUGCUUCGGAUGAUGCUUAUUUUUCAUUUCAAUGUGUUAAGUUACACAAAUAUGUUUUUCACAUCAAAAAACAGUGUUGUUAUUGCUUUAAUGAUGUAUAGAUUAAUAGUUCUAUUUUUAGAACGUAAACGUCAUGAAGAUGAUACAGUUACCCACAAUGCAAUCGAUCAAAUUCCGAUUAAUACCAUCCAGGAGCCUGAUGUAUUUCGGAGAACCUCAAAAAUACGGGAAACUCUCCUGAAAGCGUAUGAAUUACAAACGUCUCAUCACAUGAAUCAUACGGACUACAAUUGUAAUCGUGACUCGAAAAUAUUUAUGCUGAAAGAGGAAAAACAUAAAUAUGGCAAGGCCUAUUAUUUUGAAAUGAUGGAAAGUUGAUAAUGAGUUUUGUAUUGAUUUAAUGGGACGCCGGUUUACAGAAUAGACACAAUUCUCAGAGACCGGAAAUUGCUUUCCAAACCACAAUGCUGACGUUGUUUAUUAUGUAUACGAUUGAAACGAUUUUUAUACAUGCCUUUUAUAUUUUGAAUUACCAAUGUAUCGCAGAUUGAUAAUGCUUUGUCGUGACUUUAAAAAGAUAAUUUGUCUGGGUUUGAUUUUAUGCACUUAAUCAAAUAAAUUGUAUAGUGUGAUUAAACACAGUUACGUCUCGGUUUUCUUAUGUUCGGUAUUAAUAUGUAUCGUAUGCAAUGUAAAUUUCUUUAUAAAGUGUGUGUUUUAUCUGCAUUUCAUUU